AUGAAACUGUUUUGUAAUAAGUGCAACAGACAUGGACAUAUAAGAGAUAACUGUUUCUUGAUCAAAGGAUACCCGGAUUGGUGGGAAGAGAAGUAUGGGAGUAAGAAUCAGCAAGGAUAUCAUGGAUCAACAGGCAAACAGAUGCCACGACAAAUGCCCAAACAUCAGGCUCACCUUACAAAUUCACCUUUUGAUGGCACAGAACUUUCUAAAGGAGAUUGGCAAAUGAUGGUUGCCAAUUUGGUGCAAGCAGAAUUUGGAAUAAUGAUGAAGGGGAAAUCUGCUGUGGACGGUGCUCCUACAACCUCUGCCAACUAUGCCAGAGUGAACUAUGCUCAUCUGCAGGAUUUUGCAGACCAACCAGCUUUACCAUGUCCUAUAUUUGCCGAUGUUCAUUAUGAACCCUCCACAGUCAUUUCCUCUCCUCAAGAGAAUCCAACUGAAUCUCAGUCCUCACCUUUACCAUCAUUGAAUCAUUCCCCUUCCACUUCUUCAUCUUAUCAAUCACAUUCCCCAGUCCCUACAGAUUCUCCUGUUUCACAAUCUUCUGAUAAUUCAGUCAUUCAUUCUCCUCCUCCUGAACCUCGUAGGAGUAAUAGAACUCGACACCUCUCCACCUGGCUACAUGAUUUUCAUCUCACUAACAGUGGUGUACAAUUGCCACCAACCUUAGCCAAUGUAGUCUCCAAUUCAUCAAUUGACAAGGAUAUUCAAUCAUUAUAG